AUGUCAGCUGACUUGGAUGAGCAUGUUUCCGUAGAGAACAAGACAUUUUGUGUUGUGCUUGAGUAGCCUGUGCAACAGUUGCCUCAAAAUAACAUGCCGUGGAGUGAGAGCUGUGCAAGAAGACUUUGAGUCCCAGGACCUUUGGACCAGUUUUGACAUCUCACAGGGUGUGGGUGCAGGAUGUCACACGAUCUCCAGACAUGGGACGGCCUGCUCGAGAAUAAGAGUAGACCUAUUUCCCAAUUCCAGCAGCAGGGAGGUGUGGGCCAGGGAGCUGGUCCUGGUUCUGAUGGGACAAGUGCAGAGGCACACAGAGCAGCUCCUGCAGAAGCGCUACGGUGUAAAGACUCUACUGACCUCUCACGUGUCACUGGGGCUCUUGAUUCGUUCUAUUGGGAACGUAAACGGAGACAUGACCUCGUUGGUCCUCCAAGUGUGCAUCUGCUUGACGGGUUGGAUUACUCUCUACGUCCUGCUCUGUUACCUGAACGGACACCGUGGCUAUGAGUGGAACUGCCGGCUGGUCACUCUCUUCCACGGUGUCUUGAUUGUAUGUGUGACAGCGUACAUAGGCUACGUCGAUGGGCCCUGGCCUUUUACGCAUCCAGGCACCAAGAACACACCUAUGCAGACCCUGGCCCUUGCCCUCAGCCUGGGCUACUUCACCUUCGACAUGGGUUGGUGCGUCUACUUCCGCACAGAGGGCCCUGUCAUGCUAGCCCACCACUCCCUGAGCAUCAUGGGAAUCCUCCUGGUGCUAUGGGUGGGAGAGUCGGGUAUUGAGGCCUGUGCCGUCAUAUUUGGCAGUGAGGUCACCAACCCCCUGUUGCAGACUCGGUGGUUUCUGCGGAGGACAGGUCGCUACAAUAGCCUGGCAGGUGACGUGGUGGAUCUGCUGUUCGUGAUGCUCUUUGUCACUAUGCGCAUCGGUGUGGGUGGCAGCAUGUUGUACUGUGAGCUGAUCUCACCCAGGCCGCUGCUGGUGAUGAAGUGUGGGGGCGUGGCUAUGUACUUGCUCUCCUGGGUUUUCUUGGUUGACAUCAUCCGCUUUGCCUACCGUAAGUGCGGAACCAAGUACCGCCUUUGGCAGCUGCGCUGCAAGGGGGUAGAAGUCAAUGGGCACGAUAGGAAGAAGGAGUAAGAACAGCCAUCAGAGAUCAGGACUGGGUGGUUCUUCUGUUAGUCACCUCUGUUUUGUUUUUCCUAAUAUUGUAGGACCACAAAUCACCGUGUCCUCUCCCAUUACCUUGCAUACAUCUUAUGGUUCUGUGGCAUAUGUCAUGUUUAUAGCAUACUGGAGAAAACUGCUAAAUAUUCCUACGAGGCAUACAUUUGUUACUUUGAUUAUGUGUACAGGCUUCCCUGGCAUAAUGCACUCAUAUCAUGAGAAUUCAGACUUCUCUUACACAGCUCCGUCAUUUCAUAGCGCUUUGACCGCUCACAAGCGUUUCUCAGAAAAUGGGUGACUUUUUAGUCGUUGUGUAAAACUAUCAUCUAUUGUAAUAUUUGAGUCUUAAAGCAAAAAGGGUUUUAAAGAAAGUGCUAAAAAAGGGCAAAGGAAAGCCUUACCUAUGAGUUUAAGACUUGAAAUGAUAGAACGCACAGAAUUUACCUGAAAGGCAAUAUCAUUACUAAUGACUUUGUAGGUUGUAAUUUACUUUUGCAAAUGAUACUUUAGGAUAGUGCAGCAGAGAGGUGUUAGGAGCACUGAGUUAUUGCAGUAAUUUCAUUGGGAGGAUUGCCUUGCUAUGUAAUAAUAGUAAUAGUUCAUACACACAUUUUCAGAACCGCUUGUCCCAUACGGGGCCGCGGGGAA